GUUCAUCUCGUAGGGGUAUUAUUAUUGUCAUUAUUAUUAGUCCAGGAGCGAAUCUGCUGACUGAAGUACGCAUGUGAACGGGGCCCAAACUUAGACCAGUGGAAUGCGGAGUUUUGAGUAGUCGAACUAGUCGUUUUAGUAUAUAUAUCUUCUGGCAUCUCCCCCAGACUCUGGCCUGGAAACCCCGUAUUAUUUCUCUGACCUUGACCGUAUAUCCACAUACCUCGGUCUUCUGUCUCUCCCCAUUCACCCAAUAACCCCUUUCCAUCCGCACCCACGCCAUGGCGAAGACAUUCUCCAAGGACGAGGUCGCUUCGCAUAGCAAGUCGGACAGCCUCUGGGUUGUCAUCGACGAGGAUGUCUACGACCUGAGCAAGUUCCAGGACGAACAUCCAGGUGGAAAGAAGAUUCUCCAGCGAGUCGCAGGCAAGGACGCCUCGAAACAGUUCUGGAAGUAUCACAAUGAGGGGAUCCUGAAGAAGUACAAGGGCAAGCUCCAGAUCGGCUCUCUCGACACAAAGAAGGCUGCUGCUGCUGCACCCGCGAAGAAGGAGGCCCAGCAGCCGCCCAAGGCUGCUCCCGCUCCCGCUUCUGCUUCGCCAGCGAAGCCAGUCGAAGCGCUGGAGGUCUAUGGCGAUCUGAUUCCUUUCGCGGACCCUUCGUGGUACCAGGGUUAUCGCUCUCCCUACUUCAACGAGACGCACGCUGCUCUGCGUGCAGAGGUCCGGGAAUGGGUCGACGCGGAGAUCGAGCCCUACGUCACGGAAUGGGAGGAGGCCAAGAGGGUGCCGGAGACCAUCUACAAGCAAAUGGGUGAGAGGGGCUACCUGGCUGGUCUCUUGGGCCUUGGCUACCCGCAACAUCUCACUAAUAAGAGAGUUCCAUCGGUGGCUCCCGAGAAAUGGGAUUUCUUCCAUGAGAUGAUUAUCACGGAUGAGAUCGCUCGCGUGGGCAGCGGUGGUCUCGUCUGGAACCUCCUUGGUGGUUUCGGGAUCGGUUGCCCCCCUCUGGUCAAGUACGGUAAGAAGGAGCUGGUCGAGAGGAUCGUCCCUGGCAUCCUGGCCGGUGACAAGCGCAUCUGUCUUGCCAUCACGGAACCCGAUGCGGGCAGUGAUGUCGCCAACCUGACUUGCGAGGCCAAGUUGUCGGAAGAUGGCAAGCACUACAUUGUCAACGGAGAGAAGAAGUGGAUCACCAACGGUGUGUGGGCAGACUACUUCACCACCGCUGUUCGUACCGGCGGGCCCGGUAUGGGCGGUGUCAGUCUGCUUCUCAUCGAGAGGGAGAGCGGUGGUGUCAGCACCCGCCGGAUGGACUGCCAGGGUGUCUGGAGCAGUGGCACCACCUACGUGACCUUUGAGGAUGUCAAGGUUCCCGUGGAGAACCUGAUUGGCAAGGAGAACCAGGGCUUCAAGGUGAUCAUGAUGAACUUCAACCACGAGCGUGUCGGAAUCAUCAUCCAGUGUCUCCGUUUCGCCCGUGUCUGCUACGAGGAGUCUGUCAAGUACGCCCACAAGCGCCGUACUUUCGGCAAGCGCCUCAUCGACCACCCUGUGAUCCGGAUGAAGCUGGCCCACAUGGCUCGUCAGAUCGAGGCUUCCUACAACUGGAUGGAGAACCUCAUCUACCAGUGCCAGGUCAUGGAUGAGACUGAGGCCAUGCUUAAGCUUGGUGGUGCCAUCGCCGGUCUGAAGGCCCAGUCGACGACUACCUUCGAGUUCUGUGCUCGUGAGGCCAGUCAGAUCUUCGGUGGUCUGUCCUACACUCGCGGCGGCCAGGGCGGUAAGGUCGAGCGUCUCUACCGUGACGUUCGUGCCUACGCUAUCCCCGGCGGUAGCGAGGAGAUCAUGUUGGAUCUGAGCAUGCGCCAGAGUCUGCGUGUGCACAAAAUGUUUGGCAUGAAGCUGUGAUUCGCCUCCCUGUAGGCCCUUUUUCGUUCCAUUCAUCUUUCAUUCUUAAAUUAUGUGGCCUUUGAUGACAUCGAUAUCGCGGACCGUCUGAGGUAGUUAGCAGAUCUUGGAUGUAGAGGCGUGCGGACGUCCUGCAGGAUUUCUUUUUGACAUAUGCUGCAAUGUCAUGUACUAUAUAGCAGCGAGUUCUUUGCUUAUAAAACACUCAUGGAUACGAUAUUUAAACCGCACCCUCUUACUGCCAAACAAGAAACCAUUCCCCGGUGUAAGGUCGAGAUCUGGAAAUCGAUAAAUAUCGGUGCUGCCUGUGAUACAGAGCACUAUCGCGAGUAAAACCAACUUCUGGACGAUAUUCUCUGGAGCUGCAUGUCCGUUUAUCUCUGCAACCACACAGAGUAUGACAUAGCUCAGCUUGUGAAGCUAUUGUCAAAUGAAGCAAGUAUAUAGAAUUUGGGCACUCA